UUUCCCCAGUCAUUGGCAGGAAAUCAAAGUGAGGAAGCUUGACGUGAAAAAAUUUCACUGAAAACUGGAACAGACUGGAACUGCAUGUUAAAGAAUUUUGAUUUGAUCUAUUGUUCAAACAGUUCCCAGUAGAACCUAUCCCACAGCAGCCACUGCCAGUGGCCAUGACUACCAUGUGAGAUGUAUGGCCAUGCUUAAACAGCAUGGAAACAUGGUCGGCUUUGACAUGCAGGGAGAUCUCAGCCAAUCCUGUAUUCCCAGCCCCUCGUCCAGCCAGGCGUCCAGUCCCAGGUCGCCGGCUGCGUCCGUGCUGUCGUCUGGAAGCAGCAGCCAAUGCGGGAUCCCUUUCAAGAAGAAGAAAGGCAGCGGAAUCCAGGGGAAGAGUAUCGAGGAGGAGUUGUGUUUGAUAUGUGGCGAUAGGGCGUCUGGGUAUCAUUACAACGCCCUAAGCUGUGAAGGCUGCAAAGGUUUUUUUAGGAGGAGCAUCACUCGCAAUGCGACGUACAUGUGUAAAUAUGGAGGAAAGUGCGAGAUGGACAUGUGGAUGCGACGGAAGUGCCAGGCAUGUCGGUUACGAAGAUGUAAAGAAGUUGGAAUGAAAGAGGAGUGCCUUCUGUCGGAUGAACAAUGUAAAGCUCGAGAUGCCAGAAGGAAAUCAAAAAACGUAGGUCAGCGUAAAGGCCAUCCCAGUCCCGACAGUAACACGGGCACCAAUGUUGCAGAGUUAAGUAAUAGCAGCAAAGACACUGGUCGCAGUAAUAGCGCUAGUGGUAAUGACAUUACUCAGGAUCCUCUGUCCGAAAUCACAGAGAAGGAGAAAGUGCUUGUGGAAAUGCUGGUGGUUUAUCAGGAUCAGUAUGAGAUAGCCAAGGAGGAGGAUAUUAAAAAAGUCUCUCAAUUUAGUAGUAACUGCGAAAACGUCACCGAGAUGAUAUUCAUACAAAUGGCAGAAAUGACAAUACUGGUGACACAACUUAUUGUGGAAUUUGCCAAACGGCUUCCUGGGUUUAUGACACUAGGGAAAGAAGAUCAGAUAAUUUUACUAAAAGGCUCUGCAUGCGAGGUGAUGAUGCUUCGGACAGCUAGGCGAUACGACCUCAAUACAGACACAGUCGUUUUUGGGGACGGGCAGCCCUACACUCGUGAUAAUCUCAGGUUCGCAGGUCUCAAGGACUUUGUAGAUAGCAUGUAUAACUUCUGUCGUACCAUGGGACUACUCCAUGUGGAUAAUGCAGAGUAUGCUCUGCUCACAUGUAUCUGUGUUUUUUCAGAGCGCACUGGUCUUUCAGAGCCCCAAAAGAUAGAGAAAGUUCAGGAAAUGUACGUCCGUGCACUACAAAACUACAUGAAGGCCAAAUACGUGAAAAAGAACCAAAACUUUGCCAAACUCUUGAUGAAGCUCACGGAAUUGCGUACCCUAAGUGUCGAACAUUCGGAGGUCUUACUCGCUCUCCGGGUCCAAAAAGGAUCGCUGCCACCUUUGCUCAUGGAAUAUUUUGAUAUAACAGAAUAACUUUAACAAAAUUUUAUAUCAUGGUAUUGGUAAUAAUAGGGUAGGAGAGAGAGAGAGAGAGAGAGAGGUGUGCGUUAGUCCACCCUUUCCUAUUCCCGCUUCAUGGUGCUCAAAAAGUACUUCAUUCCAUCAAACCAGGUUCUAAGUGCAUUUUCUCCACAGUGCGGCUUUAAAACUUGUACAGGAUUUGGUAGGGUGCAUUACCGGAUGCUGUGGCAUUUUGUAAUGAAAAAUAUGUUGUGUUGCACAGUAAUGAUAUACUGCAAAUAACACUGGGAUGGUAUUUGUAAGUGCAGAGAACACUUUUCCAGCAUUUAUCAAGGACGCCGUAUUGCAGAUUGUAUGACAAAGAUGCCACAGCAGUUUAUAUUCCAAUAAUGGUUUCGUUGCCCCUGAACUGAUGUAAUCCACAUUAAGCAAAUUACUGAAAAUUGCUCAUUUAGCACCGAGAGGCAGUUACUGUAAUAACUGUAAUAACUUCAUCUAGACAGGGUAAAGGUGGAAUGUAUAAAUUGCAACCGGGAAAACUGCAAUUAGAUACGACUCAAGAAAAGGGAGCUAGUUGAAGUACAGGUGGUCAUUUGCUGGGCACAGCUUGCUGCACGCAAUUCAGUUUUGAGAAGGAACACUUGGCUGCACUGGAUACAGCCAAAGAUGAGGCUAUUGCAGUUUACUCUGGAUUGUAAAUGGAAAAACCCACUGAGAGAAAUACAGUUCAGUCCAAGAAAACAUCAUACCUCAGACUUUCGACAAUGGUGUAACUAUUGUUAAAAUGGUGAAGAAAACUGUGUGCCUGAUUCCCCUGCAUUUAUACCAGGAACUGCAAUUGAUUGAAAUUACUUUUCUCUGUGGUGGAAUAUUAAUUGGCAGGUAAAGAAGAUAGCUCCCUGUGCAUCAUGAGCAUCAUGGGAUAUUACCCCACAUGCAUCAUGGGACACGUCCCCACAUGCAUCAUGGGAUGCUCAGUUGAGCAGUAUAACUGGUCCAAAGGAACUAACUGUGAAUCAUGUCGGAGACAUAAUGACAGUUCAACUGUGAUGGAAUACAGAAUUCUUUUGUGAAAGAAAAAAAUCUUGACCCAUCAGGCAAAGGUGAAGGUGCAGUCCAAAACAUCUGGGGAUUUUCUAUGGCAGCUACGGCAUUCAAUUUGAGACAAGUCACAUACAUUUUGUCCUUAAUUAUGGUGCAGAGCACAAGCAUAGUAAUUAAAUUAUUUACUUUUGUUCAUUAAGAAAACCAAUUAUAUAGUAGUCUGAGAUUACAGGAUAUUGGCCCAAGCUUUGUAAAUGGUGGGAUGGUUGGGGACUUUUUGAUGAAUUGAAGAAGCAUGAAAUGUAAGAUUGUUUCUGAUGGAAAGAUUCAGGCUUAAGAAAACAUAAAAGAUAUGGCGCUUGUUUUGAUGGAACCGAAAAAAAAAUGUAAGUCAAUGCAAGAUGUUGCAUCACUUUAAGAGGAUGGACAAGUGAGUGAUAAUGGUGGCAAAUUGGCAGUGAGAUGAAUAAAGAUCUUUUACAGGAACUCCAUAGAAAAUACUCAAGGAGAAUGCAUGGCGUGCCUACUUGUACAUGAAAAUUGUUAUGGGAAAGCAGAUCAAGUCAUGAUAUGGGUAAAGGCCUGUAGCUAGUAAUUUCAGAGAUAUGGGGGGGGGGGUCUUUUAAUGAAAAAGUGGACUUUUUACCAUAAAAUUCUCUUGUACAUAGAUCAAA